UAGGGGUGUCUACGGGGAGUUUUAAAAACAAUUAAAAGGAUCUCAAGCUGGCAUCAAUAUUGUUGAUGCUCAGUGUGUAGAAACCUCAAAAUAAUAACUUCCUGUGUUUAGUAACUUUUUAAAGUAGAAUCUUUAUUGUAUGGUUUCAUCAAACACAAUUUUUUUAAAAAAAAAAAGAACAUGUAGUUUUAAUUAGCUGUCAAUUCAAGCAGUUGGAUUCUGCUAAACAACUGAACUGAAACUCAAAUCCCUUAGAAACGCUAUGCUCUCAGGCAUUUGUCAGCUCAGGUAUGAAACUGAAUUAGAAAAUUAAAAUUAGCACUGGGAGUUCAUUUUUAAAUAUCCAUGUUUUAAUGAAAGAAAAGAAUUGUUUGAUGUAUGCUUUUGAGUUGCUUAGCGUUCCAAUUAAUAGCUGCAAAAAUUAGAGCUAAUUAUAUUAAAUUUGAAUAUCUACUAUGGUGUUCACCACAUUGUCAAAAUCUUCUGUCAGCAUUGCCAUGGGUUACAAAUAAUGCAAUUAAAAUACUGAUUCUAGUAUUAAAAAGUUCUAUUUCCAAGGCUCUGAAUAAACAGGAAAAUAUAAGAGCAUGCACAUGAAGUCACUUUUCAGGUCACUAAACAAUAUAAUUGGGCAAUCAUUCCUAAUGCCCAUCUCUAAAGCUAGAUUUUCAAUUCCUUUCUAUUUUCUUCUGUUCAAACGAAGUUUGAGGCUAAUGCACAUUAUAGGGAUUCUGACUUGUAUAUGUUCUUCUGAUUAGCUCCCUCCAAAUUACAGUGACAGAGGUCAAACUCCCAAGUUCACCUUGAACUGAUUCUCCCUCUCAGAAUAGCAGCCUGAAUAUAUUAGGUUGAACCAAAAGAAAUGGUCACUUUUGAAGACUGUGAACUAUCAGACUGGUAAUUUCAUAUGCUUCAAUAUAGCACAAAUGUCCAACUGUCCUACAAAACAUAAACACUUUCUACAAUACACCUGUAGGUACUCCUUCCAGCCAAACUUUCCCCAGUUUAGAGUUAUUCUUAAAGAAGAGAUCCUCUAAGAACUGUCUGUUACUCAAAUUAGAAUGGAUUAUCGUGAUAUUUUCUUCUUUGUGCCUCAAUUCUUGGCAGGGACCUGAUUCUGUCUACACCUGGGUUAUGAGCAGGGUGAGCAAUUAGGAGUUGCAAAGGGUUGAGUGUGAGCCAGGAAGACUGGAGGUGCAGUUGCAUUAUAAAAUAGAGCCCUUAAAACAUUAAAUCUGAAGAUAGAAAAAAGAAAACGUCCUUUUAGGGCGAGGUGCAAAAGAAACUGCAUAGAAAACAGAACAGCAGAAUAUUCAGCCAAACUUCACGGUUAAAUCUUUGCAAACUCAGUGAAGUGCGUUCGCUUUAGAGCACACGUAUGAUUCAGUGAGAGACCCAUGUUAGCAAUUAAAAAUCAGUCAUUUCAUCAUUUCGGUCCCUGAUUUCAUUUGCACCAAGAGAGGGGCAACUUUUAAGGGUGACGAUAAAUCUCCCUGAGCUUGAAAGGCAGAGAGGGCCAAAGUGUGAACUUUCUACUUCAGCAACGGAAGCGAGAAAUCAAUGAUUCAUUAAAGCAGAGACCUCCUUGGAAGCUGGCAGAUGAGGAGGAAAGGAAGCUAAUUAUGUCUCCCUUUUCGGUGCUCGCUCCGACCAGUUUAUAAUCUGCUGCUUUGGGAGGUUUACCCUCAGCAUCUUCUGCUUUCUCCCUCAGCCCUCCCCUCCUUCGGGGAGCGAGAGGAGGGAAAAGCCAAGCACAGAGCUCCAAACUCCAGGUGGCUCUCAAAUGCUUCACUGCCAAGAGAGAGAGAGAGAAAAAAAAAAAAAAACUCCGACACAGGAAAACAAGUGAGAAAGGGGCUCCCCAGAGGGGAUUGGUUCAUGCUGGAAAAAGCAAAAUUCGGAAUGCACGAGGAUCCAGCUCGCGCCGGUGGCCAGCGCAGCGAGCACCAGGGCGCUCCAGCAGCAAUUAGGCGGAGCUGGAGGCCCCCGAGGCGGCUGCGGCUGCACAGCAGCGGGACGGACGGCAGCCCCCGAGCGUCUCCUUCUCCCCGCUCGCCGGCUCUCCCCCCUCUCGGCCCCCUCCCCCCUCCCACUCGCUGGCGUUCCCAGCAGCCGAGGGUUUCAGAUGUCCCACCGCAGUUUGACCCCCUCCCCCCGCCUCUCCACCCCUGCAAAUGAGGUUUGACCAGCAGAGGCAGAGCCCACCUCUGGCUCAGAAUCACUGACAUUUAGACUCCAGGCUUCAACCUGUUUACAAGCGGGCUUUCCAAAGGGAGAGGGGAAGGGAAACAGGGCCAAACAAAACACCAACCUCCAUCCCCCCCCCCACCCCCAAACAAGAAGUGACUUUCUGGAGGCUUCAAAUCAACAGGCACCACCAAAAAGAGAAAGCAAGAGAGGGAAGAAAACAACGGCGAGCGGGCAGCUGCCUCCAGUUCGGACAACUCCAAAGGGACGCACUUUCAGAACUGGGUGGCCGGCUGGGGCUCUGCGGAGCGGGACUAGAGGGUGCCAACCGCAGAGCGACGCGGAGAGCCCUGCCAGCCUCCCACCCCAGCCCCUUAGGUUUUGUUCACCGUGCUGUCAUCUGUUUUUCGGACCUUUUCUGUGCAUAACAUGGUGAAGAAAGGAGUGAAGAAGAGAACAAACUAACUCCUGGGGAAGUGAAGAUCGCUGGUGACCAAUACCACCGCCGCCGCCGCCAGCUCCUGCGUCCGCGGCCACCCACGUCCACCGGUCUCCCGCAGACUCGAGAGGAGCGCGGCCGCGGAUCCGAGAACGGGGCGAGGAGAGGCAGCCGGCCCUUCCGAGGAGUGAUGGAUGUUGGUGCAUUCACUUCUGGCCAGAUCCGCGCCUGCAGGGAGCUAAGCAGCGGCCGCCACCUCCAGCUGUCUCCUUGCCUCGCACCAGGUCUUACCCUUCCAGUAUGGUCCUUCUGAUGAGACAAUUUCCAGCGCCGAGAGUUUCAGUACAAUGUGGAAAUGGAUACUGACACAUGGUGCCUCAGCCUUUCCCCACCUGCCCGGCUGCUGCUGCUUCCUCUUGCUGUUCUUGGUGUCUUCGGUCCCUGUCACCUGCCAAGCCCUUGGUCAGGACACGGUGUCAUCGGAGGCCACCAACUCCUCCUCGUCCUCCUUCUCUUCUCCCUCCAGCGCGGGGAGGCAUGUGCGGAGCUACAACCACCUCCAAGGAGACGUCCGCUGGAGAAAGCUGUUCUCUUUCACCAAGUACUUUCUCAAGAUUGAGAAGAACGGGAAGGUCAGCGGUACCAAGAAGGAGAACUGCCCGUACAGUAUCCUGGAGAUAACUUCAGUGGAAAUCGGAGUUGUUGCUGUCAAAGCCAUUAACAGCAACUAUUACUUAGCCAUGAACAAGAAGGGGAAACUCUAUGGCUCAAAAGAAUUCAACAAUGACUGUAAGCUGAAGGAGAGGAUAGAGGAAAAUGGAUACAACACCUACGCGUCCUUUAAUUGGCAGCACAACGGGAGGCAAAUGUACGUGGCACUGAAUGGAAAAGGCGCUCCAAGGAGAGGACAGAAAACACGAAGGAAAAACACCUCUGCUCAUUUUCUUCCAAUGGUGGUACACUCAUAGAGGAGCACACUGUUUGUGGAUACAGUAGAACCAAAGGCUCUUUUGUCAGAAAUAGUUGAUAUUCUUCACGAAGACAGCAGCUCAAAAGGCAAGGACACACUGCAGAUAUCUGCUUGCUUGAAAGAAAGGAAGUCUUUCAAGGUUUCUGUACUCACUGCUGACAUAUGACAUUCUUUUAAUUAGUUCUGUGUCACACCUUAUAAUUGAGAUAUAAGCAGAUCAAAUGGGAUGGAAAUUAUGUCUAAGCAAACAACAUUAUGGCUGGGUUUUUGGUUAAGCUUUUGUUCCUGUUUUUUAACCUCUGAGACAGAACUUAAAGGACAUGGAACAAUCUGUUGAAUGAUCUUCGGGAAAGUUAUUUAUGGAAUACGGACUCAUAUCAAAGACUUUCACUGCUCAUUCAAGCCUAGUGAUUCAAUGAGCAGUAAGACACACAAGAAUUUACUGGAAAGCACUUGGGUCAUAUUAUAUGCACAACCAAAGAAGCUUUGGGAGUGGCAUCAUGGAAGAAUCAGAUAGAAUUUAAAAAUCUAAACAUGUUAGUAUAAAACUGUUCUAAAAAAACAAAUAGUAUGGUAUGCUUGUGCAUUCUGCCUUCAUCCCUUUCUAUUUCUCUCUAAGUUAUUUAUUUAAUAGGAUGUUAAAUAUCUUUUGGGGUUUUAAAGAGUAUCCUCAGCAGCUGCCCUCUGAUUUACCUUUUCUUUUUCUGCAGCACACCACGUGCACAUUCAUGACAAAGUGUUUUCAAAACUUGGCAAACACUUCAAGAACAGGAGAUGAGAUUGGGGAAGCAGUGUGAGUGCCCGUGCACUGUCAGUUGACUUGAUUUGCACUUCUGCAAUAAGAACCACUAACAAAAAUAUGACAGUUCUGUGGCAUGGCUUGACUGGGGGAUCUCUGCAAUCAUUUAGAAACAUCUAUCACUCUUAAGGCUUCUUUUUUUAACAAAUAGACAAGAAGGCCAAAAUCUUCUCUUUCAUUACAUCAAUGGGUCUCUAAGAAAACACUAAAAGAAGGGAAUUUAUUGUUAGAUACAUUUCAGUAGCCUAGCCUCAUUAUUUACUAAUGAGUUUUUGCCGUAUGUCACAAUGGUAAGUGAUGAAGAGGCUGUCUGCAUAUUAAGAACCCUGUAUAAGUCCUACAUAGUGCAUCUCCCCCAAAGAAAUAUGAAGAAAUUUGUUAUGAAGUGCAACUCUCCCAGGGGCUUAAACUGAGCAAAUAUAUUCUGGUAUAUGUGUAACUAUAUACUGAAACCUGUUCAAGCUGUAUGAUCUAGUCUUACAAUACCAAAUAAAACUUACAUUGUGUAAAUUUAAAGAGCUUCGGAAGGUUCGAUAAUGUAACCGUAUUGAAAUUCAUUUGUUAGAGCAGGUAUAGAAAAACAAUACAUGCGUGUACCAGUCAUCACCACAUUGUAUUCCACUAAAUAAAUACAUAAGCCUUAUUUGCAGUGUCUGUAGUGAUAAAAAAGAAGUGUAGAAAAAUACUAUUUGUUCUAAAUACUUUAAGUGAUAACUAUAAGAUUAUAUUGAUGCUGCAGUUUUUUUACCUUCAUAUUUCUUGUUUUGAAAAGGUCUGUUUAUUUUUAUUGUUUGGACACAGUAUUUUGGUACAAGGGAAAGACUCACUAAAUGAGUCUUUUUUACUAAAGUUUAACCUCUAGAAAGGCUGGUGUUUGUGAUCCACUCUUAUAACUUAAUUGUGUCAAUGCUUAACCAGAACUUUCAGUUAAUCUGUUAUUUAAGAAUUAGCUUUAUUAAGAAACUUUCCCAUAAAAUAAUCCCAUAUUUUUCUCAUUCCUUAAAAAAGUUGAGAUUUCAAAAGAAAUGCAUUUGAGGCAGAGUGUUUUAGCUUAUGGCUAAAGUUGCAUUUCAUGGCACCUGGCUUCCAACUUGCUUUAUGACAGAUGGGAUUCUAAAAAUGUUGAAUUUUUGUGGUUGGACUCUGUAUGUUAAAAAUUAAUUGGCAGCUGAGUGUAUAGGAAAGCUAUAAUGUGAUGCAUUCCUAUCAGAACUUGAUUAUCUUUGUUCUUUUAUUUUAAAAUAAUAAUUGUACCUGACACAUGAACAUGGACCACCCACAACCAAAAUGAAAUGUUUGAUGAGAUAAAUACAAAUACAGUAUUAGAUGACCCCGGUAACAGCAAAUAGGGCACAAAUUAGAUUCGAAUUUCACAUAGCCAUUUAGAUUACCAAAGAGACUGUGUGUAAACAGUCAUCAUUAUAGUACCCAAAACACUGAAACAGCUUCUAGCAAAAUGUAUCAAAGCUUGCAGAAACCAAAAGUACAAAACAUCUCACUCUCCUCUCCCCCUCAACACACACACACACAUCCACAGAGAUAAAGGCAAAAACAGUUUGGUAAGGAGAAAUGAGAUUCUCUUGCAUUUAAAAAUGGCAUCUCUGCCCAAUAUUGAGAUAAAAUUCUGGUCCCCUUUGCAGCUGGAUUGUUCUACUGGAGGAAAAGCAGCUCCAGUCCUGAAUGUUGUAUGUUUAAAAAAAAAAAAGCAUCAUAGUUUUGGGAGUACUGCCUCUGCAGGAAGUGUGGCCCCUGGCCACAAUGUCAAAGUGUGUCAGCUACAAAUGUGUGUCUAUCUGAGUGUUGGUUCUGAGGAUAAAGAUAAAGAAUCCCUCAUAAAGAUAGAGAAUCCCUCCCUCCUCCUACCUCCCAAAAACCUCCCAAAAGGCUGAACAGUGUAUUGUAUGUUACAUUUAAAUAAAUCAAUAAAAAUGCUGGGAAAAGAAAAUAAAA